ACAAGCGUAAGCACACGCACGAGCGCGCGCGCCGUUCUCUCUCUCUCUCUCUCUGUGUGUGUAGCGUGUUUAUUUAUUUAUUUAUGUGUCAUGAAUGAAACAGAAUUGAGUGAUGUAUGCGAUGUUUGUACACUUUGCUAUCGCAAUGGUUCUUCAGGUGUCCUGUCCGGACUCGAGUGCUCCAGAGGAGGAGGACGGUUCCUGUGCUCGCUGCUCAAUGUGACAGCGGAAAGUGCUUUUGCCAUGGGUCAGGAGCGAGGCAGAUACGAUUUCUACAUCGGCCUGGCUUUGGCCAUCAGCUCCAGUUUGUUUAUCGGAGGAAGUUUCAUACUGAAGAAGAAAGGACUGCUGAGACUCGCCCGGAAAGGCUCCAUGCGAGCAGGUCAAGGUGGUCAUGCAUAUCUCAAAGAAUGGCUUUGGUGGGCGGGGCUUUUAUCAAUGGGAGCUGGUGAGGCUGCAAACUUCGCAGCUUAUGCGUUUGCUCCUGCGACACUCGUCACUCCGCUCGGGGCUCUCAGCGUGCUUGUGAGCGCUGUGCUCUCGUCCUACUUCCUGACGGAGAGGUUGAACCUGCACGGGAAGCUGGGCUGCCUGCUGAGCGUGCUCGGCUCCACCACCAUGGUGAUCCACGCGCCACAGGAGGAGGAGAUCGACAGCCUCAAUGACAUGGGCAAGAAACUGAUGAACCCAGGCUUUGCCGCGUUCGCGACAUUCGUCAUCAUCGUGGCUCUGAUCUUCAUCUGCGUCGUCGGCCCGCGUCACGGCCAAACCAACAUCCUGGUGUACAUCACCAUCUGCUCUGUGAUCGGCUCCCUGUCCGUAUCGUGCGUGAAGGGUUUGGGCAUCGCCAUCAAAGAGGUGAUCGCUGGGCACGCGGUGCUGAGUAACCCGUUAGCGUGGCUGCUGGUGCUGAGUCUGGUGGUGUGCGUCAGUACGCAGAUCAACUACCUGAACAAAGCGCUGGACAUCUUUAACACCUCUCUGGUCACGCCCAUUUACUACGUCUUCUUCACCACGUCAGUGCUCAUGUGUUCCGCCAUACUGUUCAAAGAGUGGGAGCACAUGGGCUACGACGACAUCAUCGGGACGCUGAGCGGCUUCUUCACCAUCAUCAUCGGGAUUUUCCUCCUGCACGCCUUUAAGGACAUCAACAUCAGUCUGGCCAUGCUGGCCGUCAGUAUCAGGAAGGAGGAACGCAACGGGACGAUGGUCAACGGAGUCGGGACGCACGCUCAUUCCCCGUACGAGCUCCUCGACGAGGAGAGCACCGUGGAUUUAGAGGACAGAGAGGUGGGCUCGACGUUCGAUUACAUCUCCAGGAGAAACGGCAGUAUGGCCACGUCUUAGAGUUCGAACUCUGUGUUUAAUAAUGUGCUGUGUGAACAGUUCCUCUUUUAACAUGAAGACAAUCAAUCAAGAAUAGACCUGACUGAGACUUUUUUCUUUCCUACUCUUUCUGCCUUAUAGCCGGGGCACCAUCAUAAGGCUUCAUCUCUCUUCCUCGGGUAGCACUGUAAAUACUUUUUAAAAGCCUUCACUUCUAUCAAUGAUGCACUGAUUUUUAAUUUAAUCCCCUCCUUCUCCGUUACACCUUGUUAAAAUGAUUGAAGCAACUUAAUAAAUGGUAAGUUGUUGUA